UUGGCUUUCUGGCAACUUAUUACUCUUAAUUCCAGGGUCGAAGAAACUGCCUAUAAAAGUAGAACAGUACUAAACAUUAAUCGUUUUAUAUGCACAUUUGACGUGGCGGAACGUAUGUAUUGCAUUUGCUGCUAUUCUGUGUAUUUGAAUUGGUGAAUUGAGAAGUGCUUGUACUAGGUGAAAUGUCAUUUGAAGGAAUUGGCAAGAGUUUUAUUUCGUUAAACUUAGGAUAUAAUUAGUACUGAUCAACAUGGUCAAGCCCAAUGCUCCACCAUAUGGUCCUCCACCAGCUGCUCCCCCUAGCUAUUCUCAAGCUGUAGGCGGUGUUCCACCAUCUAGUCCAUUCACACCUGGACACUCAUUGUCUGGUGGACCCACAAUUGUAACAACUGUUGUACCAGUGGGUCCACAGCCCACACAUACGAUAUGCCCAUACUGCCAUGCUGAAAUAGAUACUGCCACAAAAACAGAACCAGGACUCAUUGCUUAUAUCUCGGGUGUGGUGAUAGCUCUUCUUGGCUGCUGGCUUGGUUGCUGCCUCAUUCCAUGUUGUAUUGAUGAGUGCAUGGAUGUGCAUCAUAACUGUCCCAACUGCAAGGCUUACCUGGGCCGCUAUCGGCGGUAAACAACUUCUGGAUCAUCAGCAAACAUUUCUUUGCAGUUAGUCUGUGUUACAUUCACUCAUUAUCAGGUUACAAGAACAAAUACCUUAAGUGCCACUUAACAUGAUAGAUACUUUUUGAUUAACCACAAUGAAAUGUAACAAAUGGGCUUUCAUUAUUUUUUUUAAAGUUUGGAACACAGUCCAUUAUGUGUUUCUGGCUCAUUUUUAAAUGCUACUUCAGGAGUUCUUAACCUUU